CAGGGGACUGCUAAGAUCAGCAUUGCACUAACAAGUAACAAUAAAACAACCUUCGAGAAGGGAUGACCGUGCUUACCUAUGGCAGAUUUUGUAUUUCUACUGCUUGUUAGAGCUGCUCUCUGUCUUAUAACCCCAGUAAGAGGUAAAUUCUCUCAAAUGAUUUUAAUCUCUACUAACAGAUUAUUUCUGUUAUGUGCAAAUCCACCGUAUUGUUUGUCUAGUAAGGUGUAGAUCAUGAUUUCCAGUGCAAGAGGGUAAAAAGUCUGUUAUAUGCUUACUCUUAUUGAUUAUUGUAUCGAGGACAUGUGGUAUGUUUUUAUAGUGCUUUGUAAGUGCAGUGUGUGUGAACUGAUUACAAUUUGUAUAUGAAUAUAUAGAUAAUAUUAUUAUAUUAGUAUAUUAUAUACUCUAUACUAUAUAAUAUAUAUUGUAGCAGUAAUAUUCCAAUACAAUAUAUCAUGUCACUAAAAUAAAAACAAAUAUAUCACGUGAAACCUGAUUUGAAAUUGUUUAAUUCCUUCAUAAUUUAAUAUCUGUCUGCCCCAUCUCUGUCCCUCUCUCCCCCUCCUUCCCUCUCUCCCCCCCUUCUCUGUACUACGCUGUGCUCUCUCUGUGGGAGAACCUGUUAUUUAUAUUAAGAGUAACUCACUGUAUUUUAUAUACGUCGAUGAUCAUUUUGUGCUGAAAUUGUCUUUGAAAGUAAUUUAUUGGGUUAUAUACAAAAGUGAGAGUUCCAAGUGAAUUUCAAAUGGAAGAUUAAUUGCCGAAUUGGAAAAAAAAAGAGUCAGGUCUGCUUUCAAUUCAGAUACUGUGGCCUUUUUUUUAAAAUUCACUUUGAAUUAUCAUUAUAGUAAAUAACCCUGUAAAUGUUUCUUUCCCUCCCUCCUCCUUUUACUGUACAAAAGAGAGGGAGUGUCCGUUAUCUUGAUAGAGGGACAAUUGUAGCUUUAGAAACUGGAAUUGUACUUAUUCCUUUAGAGGGUCUCUGAGUGCUUCCUUUUUUCUUGGAUUUUUGCUAUCAUAGGUGUUCUUUUAGUGCCCACGUAUUAAGAAUGUCAUCCCACUUGCUUCUGAAAGAUGAUACAUGCCAGGAAGUAGUAUCUCAAACAUCCAUCCAACCAUUCAUCUCUCCAGCUAUCCAUCCAUCCAUAUUUCCAUCUAUCGAUCCAUCCAUUCACCCAUCCAUCCAUCCAUCUACCCAUCCUUCUAUCCAUCCAUCUAUCCACCCAUCCAUUCACUCAGCCAUCCAUCUACCCAUCCAUCUAUCCAUCCAUCUAUCCACCCAUCCAUUCACUCAGCCAUCCAUCUACCCAUCCUUCUAUCCACCCAUCCAUUCACUCAGCCAUCCAUCUACCCAUCCUUCUAUCCAUCCAUCUACACACCCAUCCAUUCACCCAUCCUUCUAUCCAUCCAUCUAUCCACCCAUCCAUUCACUCAGCCAUCCAUCUACCCAUCCUUCUAUCCACCCAUCCAUUCACUCAGCCAUCCAUCUACCCAUCCUUCUAUCCAUCCAUCUAUCUAUCUAUCCACCUACCCAUGCUUUUAUCCAUCCACCCAACCACCCUCCCACCCAAUCCAUCCAUUUGCCCACCCACCCAUCCAUCUACCCAUCCUUCUAUCCAUCCAUCUAUCCAUCCACCCAUCCUUCUAACAUCUAUCUAUCCAUCCUUCUAUCCAUCCAUCUAUCCAUCCACCCAUCCUUCUAUCCAUCCAUCUACCCAACCUUCUAUCCAUCUAUCUAUCCAUCCACCCAUCUAUCUAUCCAUCCACCCAUCUAUCUAUCCAUCCACCCAUCCAUCUAUCUAUCUAUCUAUCUAUCUAUCUAUCUAUCUAUCUAUCCAUCCAUCUAUCUAUCUAUCCAUCCACCCAUUCACACGUAGAAGCCUUCCUGGUCAUUACCCACCCAGCCGCCAUCCAAUGGCUUGCAAUCCCUAGAAUAUUUGUGUAACAUAAGGUUUGUGGACUCCACAGAGUGGAAUGCCCCAUGAAUUAUUAGUGAAUCACUUCCCUAACUGUGAAAGAGAGAAGUUGCUGCGAGGCCCACGUUUAACACAUUAAUGGCCAAUGGCACAGGGAAUAGGAAGGUUGUAAAAUGUUAUUUCAGGUUUUUAUUGAAAAUUUCUGUAAAUUCUUCCAUCCAUCCCUUAUCUGUUAGGUAACUCAGUCAAAGCUGGCAUGGAAAAGGUGUUCCCAUGGUGGCUAAUUUGGCCUAAAACUCACAACUCUCUGCUGAAUUUGCAACAAUGUUCGCAUUAGUAAAUAACCCUGAGUUAGAUUUUAAAAGUUUCAAUGUGUUUCUUUGCUUAAAUUUUUUACAAAAUGUAAUUUAAACACAAUAACGCCUAUUAACCUUCAUAAAUGCUGGAGAGGAACCCAACCCACCCAUUGGAAACCAAGGGGCCGUUGGGUUUAAAAGCUGGGUAUAUUUUUGAACCUUCUUAGAUGCUCUUUUCUCAGUCAGUUGAAUUAAACGAGAGCAUGGCUGUUUCUUUAUGUUUAAGGUUUUAACGCCAGCCCUAACAGUUACUGCUAUACUGUAUCACGGUCUGGUAGUUGUUCUUUUCCUGUGACAAUACGUUUACAUAAUUUACAGCAACAGUGAAGAGAAGUGUGGAAACCAGAGUUUCUUCUGUUUCCCUUCAUCACAUCCUCUAUACGUAGUGUUUGUAAGUGGUGGAACAGUCUCGUUGCAGGGAGAUUCAGUAGCAUGAUAUUCUGUGAGGGCAUCAUGCAAUGCCUUAGCACGGGGUUACGAUGGGUGCGUUCGUUUAUUACUUACAUUGUGUUAACCAGUGGAAUGAAACUGGGGAUAGUAAGGGAUGGGGUGUGAGAAGUCGGUCGAGGAUGAUUGCUCCUUGUAUAUCUACUGGAACAAAAAAAACCUUUAUGUCACACCUCCCAAGUGUCCCUGUUUAGGAGGGACAGUCCCUAUUUUUGCCCCAAACCCUCUGUCCCUUUUUUCUAUGAAAUCCACAUUAUACGAAUAUAUAACAGAGCUCCACAGCAAUAAAACUCCCAGUAAUGUGUCUUUAAACUACAAUAAAUGUGUCUAGAAAUCAGUCUGUGUAAAUAAGAUACAUUGUUAUAAAUGACAUUUUAGUUCUAUAAGUUGUUAUUAGAAAGUCACCUAAAAUUUCUCAAAACAGCCCGGUGCUGGAGUCCACCCCCAAAAGUGAAAUUAAAAGGAUUGGUUUGAAGAGCAGUUGAGAUCACAGGGCAACCACGGAUAAGUCAUCACAUAUAUGGAUGAAGAGGUCACAUAUUGAGUGGACUGAAAGAGGGAUAUCUGGGGUAAAUGGGGGAUGGGGAGGUAACAAAAGGUUGAGAAGGGUGUGUGUAGUGAGUGUGCACAGUCUCCCUAUGGCUAUAACUGGAAUUGCAGGAUUGGCUGAACAAUCUCAGCCUUGUUCUGGUGCCUGCUAAUGACAGUGCAGCUGGUUAUGUCUUUAACAUUUCUUAAAGUAUUUCAGUAAUCCUGAUUGCCAUUUGUUUUGAUCUUACAAAUAUUGAAAACAUUUCUAGUAAAUUAUCUAGGGAUAAAAUAAAAAUAAAAAUAUCAAAAUUAACAUUGGAUUUACUGAAAGAGGGGACCUGGGGCUACUAAACAAUAUUUUUUAUGUGGGUGUAUACAUACAAUAAUGUAUUGUUUAUGUAUGUGUAUAUUAUGUUAUUCAACGCGUUGCAUAUUAGUUAUAUAUGUUAUACUGGUUUUAUAUCUAUACUGGGCCUAAAAUGUGAAGUCCUACUGCUAGCCAGCCUUAAAAGUUACUGCAAGCCUUCGCAUACAUCAGGAAAAAAACAACAACAAUAAAGAGAGCUAUGUAUUUAAGACAACAGCAACAUUACUCAGUAUUGAGAACCUCAGCAUAACCACGAUGGGUGAUGUUCUACUCUCUAGGGCUAACUUGUAACGCUGGCUCCCUCCCUAGGAGUUUUAUCACUUUUCAUUCUUUUUAUCAAGGUUUCCUGAUGUCUAUAGGUUAUAUUUGUGUUUGUAUGAUUAACUUGUGCUGGGAGUUUGAAUUUCAAAUACUUGCAUUAGACCAGGAAACGUGGGUAAUUGAAACGUGAUUUGCAUAUUUUCGGUUAGAAAAUGUCAAAAUUGUAAAAUGAUCCAACUGCUGUUUUAGGCUGAAAUUUACAGCUGCCUUGUCAUGAUCUGAGAGUUCCCUCUUUAAUUCUGUCAUUUACAGAAACUUGCUCAAAGCAAACGAGAUUCAAUUUCCUUACUGGCACUCUGUUUCAGAAAACUGGAUAUUCAAAGAAACAUGGCAAGCACCAUAACUACUACAGCAUGAUGUAGUGUUUAUGGUCCUAGGCGUGCCCCGAUGCACCCACAAUGUAAAGAGACUAGCUGUUUAAAUAACGGUUUGACUUCUUACCUUUUUGCCUGCUUACUCUACACCUCCUGUCUGCUAGAAGCUCUAUUUAUUGAGCUAAGCAUGGCUUUGCAGGGCCGAGCUCAUUGGCUGAGAGUGAUCAACUGAUGCUCUCAGCCAACGAGCUGGCCUUGCACUGCAGGACUCAGCUCCGGAGAGCUUAUGGAUAAUCCAAAGCUACUGGUGGAGAGGAGGUGUAGAGUGGCACCUGGAGUCAGCGUGCCAUUCAGACAGCCUCUAGUGGCUUCAGGACAAACUAGAUUCAUUAAUUGAAUCUGUUAUAAAUUAGACAUCAGCCUGCAGAACACUUCGACCCUGGACUCUGGGUGUGAGUCCACAACUUCUCUGUGACAAGCAUUGAAUUCAAUGAUUCUCAUAGACAAGAACUGAAUUGGUGGAUCAUGGAGACGGCACACAUGCGCUGCAUGUCUGCUCUAUGACAAGCAUUUCACUGGACAAGAGCCGCAAGUCCUGAUGACAUCACAGUAGGAGGACCAGGCUGCGGUGAAUGGAUUUGCAGCAAAGCUGACUUGUGUUUUAAUUUUUUUUACAAAUAAUUCUAAAUCCACUGUGUCUCUCCUUGUAGCUGACAGCCUCUCUGCUCCUGAAGAUGUGUACUAUGAAAACGAUUUUUUAACAUGGACUCCUGCCGAUUCUAACAUAGACGGCAAUUCGUAUGAAGUGGAGUAUUCUGGGUAAGAUCCCAUUAAUACCUUGCUGCUUCCAACAUCUGCACACUCCUAACAGCACGUUUUUAUAUCGAUAUAUGUAUUUAUUUAUUUUUGCAUACAAGAUUUAUUUUAGCGUUAGAUUUUGCCAAAAUAUUUCUCUUUAUUCUUUUUUAUGUUUUUAAUCCAUUGUACAGCCCAUCAGAAUGAUGCGGUGCUUCAUACAAAAUAACUAACAAAUAUGACGUGAAUAUUUCUUUGUAUUUUGGGCAUUGACUUUCAGUAUAUGAUACAUACCUGUUUUCCAGUAGAUUUCCUCGGUUUUCUAAAUAAUGACAGUGAAACAGUGUGAACUGUGUAAAUCGGGGGAGAAACAUGAUCCACUGAGAGUCAGCUAAUGUCCUCCUGUUUUCCUUGGCUACUGCCUUGGGUUGUAGUGUUUUUGCCUCACCUUAACUGUUAUUAUGUGUGCUGUUUACAAUAGACUAUUUCCAAGCUCAGCUACGCCAAUUUAAUAGAAUUUCAAUCAGAGCAAUUAUUUGUUCUUUGCAUGGAUUAUUUUAGUUAAAUACUUUCUACCAUAUCUCCAGCUGUCCAUGCUGCGGUUGUGUUGCAAGGAGAGACAGGAUAUUUAAAUAGUUGUACAGGUCAUUGUUUGUUUAUUGAUAAAUCCCAUUGUACAAAGUAUGUCCUCCUAAUUAAGGGUUCAGUGUAUUCAUUGGGAACUUUGACCAUUGACAUUCAUUUUUAUUCUCCUCUUUCCAGGUAUGGGAGUGGAAUUUGGAAGCCUGUUCCUCAUUGCUCUCCUACUUUAAAUCUCACAUGUUACCUGGAAGUGAAGACUUUACCUGAAGCAGAAGGAUAUUAUGGGCGAGUCAGGACUAUCUCUGGGAAGCAAACAUCAAAAUGGGUGCAAACCGAACUCAAACUCAACUCAACAAACUCAAACUCUAAAUCGGACGAAGGUAAACUGGAUGUAGGCACUGACUGGAGUUUUGCCGUUGGUCUUUAAAGCAUUAAAUAGAAAUGCUUGAAGGGGCCAAAAAGCACCACAACAGCUACGGCGUUUAGUCUUUUGAUUCAACCCAUCUAUUAAAGAUAAACAUUUUGGAGCAGUUUGACAAAAACUGCAGCUCCCGAGCACUCUCAGACAAUCCAAUGUUGCCCAAGGUCCAAUGGCUUUGGACGGAUAAUGUAGAGGUAAAGCUUCAACAUCAAUUGGGCGGCAGUAAAGGGUCCAAGUUUUGGAUGCUGGGUAAUCAAAAAGGGUUUGACAAAUAAGAUGAGACUUCACCCAAAGUUUCACAGCAUCAUGUCAAUUACAAUGAGUUAUGUGUUGAUAAUGGUGCUUAGAUAAUGGUCCUCAAAAUAUAUAUAUAUUUCAAAUAAUUUCACAAUUUUUGUUGAAUUUCGCUUUUGAUUUUUCUACCGACUUUUUUUAGUGUGCGCUUACCACACUGGCUAUUGAGAAAAAGAUUGAUAAAAGUAUUGAUUGAUGAAAGAUUGAUGAAAGUAUGAGAAAAAUAUUAUUCUGUAAAAACAAAAAUAAUAAAUAAAUAAAUAAAUAAAAAGCUAAUAUAAGGGUUUAUUCAAUAAACAGAAUAUUGACAAGGAAGUCUCAAAAUUUAGGCUAAAACACUUAAUUUGAAAACAUUCUUAAGCUCAGCUUCAUUUUAUCAUGAUCCUAUGAAUUAUCUACAAUGUAUUGCUCAUUGGAGGUGUAUUAACUGAGCAACCAGUCAUGGUAAAAUUAAGGCUAAAUUAACUGACUUUUCUAAGUUUCUGUAAUCUGAUUUUCAAUUCACUAUAAUUCACUGUCUAGUGAAUAAACUCGGGUAUUUGUAUAUUGUUCUAAUUCCAUUUUCUCUUGCCAUCCAGGUGACAUCCUCUCCGUGCCACAGAAAGUGCACUUUGAGUUGGAGUUUUUUCCCCAUCUUUUAAAAUGGUCGCCUCCUAAUUCUACCACUGACAACAUUACAUAUGAAGUGCAGUAUAUCAGGUAAGGCAACAUUACACUCACACUUGGGCGUAAAAUCACUAAACAAAAAUCAUUGGCAAUAAAAAAAAUUUAAAAUUCUGAAAAGAAACCGGUUAAUGUUUUAGAACAUUUGCAAAUUGAUUGUCAACUUACCAUUGCGAUUUGAUGGAUUACCUACACAGCAUUUACCAUUUUGUUUUUACCUCUCACAAGGUAUGGGGGUUUAUGGGAACCUGUACCGCAUUGCUCUCCCACCUUCGAUCUCAGCUGUGACCUGACAGUAGAGACAUUACCUGAAGCUUUAGGAUAUUAUGGAAGAGUCAGGAGUGUCUCUGGGAACCAAACAUCGGAGUGGGUCCGAACAAAUCGCUACACAUCCAAAGAUGGUAAUUACGGAGGAGAAAGGAAAUAACUAUUUAGUGUUGUUUGGUCUUUCAUGGAAAAAGUACUUGUGAUGUUGUUGUUGCUCGGAUAAUUUCCAGAUUUAAUUAUAACAGGAGUAAUGCUUGUAUUUAAUUUCAAUCUAAAUAAAAGAGAAAUCAAAUAUACACUAACAGGGCUGUUCACUGAAAGGAUAAUUAAAAUUUAAUUUCAAAUGUAAGGCCAUAGAAACAUAGAUGACUUUUUGCUUCGACUGCUUCAGAAAUUCACUUUGAAUUCUCAUGUUAGUGAAUAAGCUUGAUACAAUUUAUAGCAUAUAUUUAAAGGAUUACUCCGAGCAUCAUAACAACUACAGCCCAGUGAAAUGGUAAUGGUUGUAAUGAUGCCAUAGUACCCUGGAGCCAUUUCCCAGUAAGAGGGUAAGCCAGGUGUUAAGCACUACCUCUUAUGCUGGCUGUAGAUGCCCAAAGCCAAUCCUGCUAUUCAUUCACACAGCAUCUUUGCAACAAGAUGACUUCAAAACACUGGAGUGGUCAUGGUGCUUGGAGUAACCCUUUCUCCGUCAGGUGUUCAUGUGCAUGUCAAUUAGAGAUAAAUUAGUGGAUAGUUCACCUGCAGGGUCAUAUCUUCAUUAUUACAAUGUUUAAAUAUGUAUUAUUAUAACAAAUAAGGACAACCAUUAGUUUAGACUUGUUUUGUUGGUUCAUUUUGUGGCCCAUUCCCAGCAACUACACUUAAUUUACCUCUCUGAGCAGUUGACUGACGGGGACAUGUGGCCAGUUAGCAAACCUCUUCACUGAGUUAUGCAGGGAAUCCAGGGAAAAAUAAGGAACAUCCUGAAUGAGCUAUCGAAAUGGGCUAUGUGUUGUUAUGACUACAGCAACACCGGAUUCUGUGCAUACUCUCGCAUAUAGCAUUUGUGCUUGUCUUGUCACAAAAUGACAGCCUUAAACGACUUACCCUUGCUGUAAGUAGAGUUAAUGUGAGCAAGUAGAUAGCUUUCCUACAACUGACUGCCAAUAAAAGUCUGAGAUGAUAAUUGUUCGUAUCUGGAUCCCUUUACCAUCGCUAGGCUGAGUUACCUGCGUAAGACCAUGCUGGAUCUUAAGGCGAAUCAGUUCUUAACCCUCCUAAAUGAUAGAAUGACAACAUAUCUUAUUGUAAUCCAGCCUAUGCACACGGUGAACUGUUCAACGAGUUAUCAAACCUGCUGUUGCAGUGAUUUAUCAAUUUUCCUCCCCCAUUGAGUAUUGAGCAUGAAGAAAGUUGUUGGUGAGAGGGGUGUUUUGCAUAGUUUUACCCUAAAUUCCCAUGAAAAGUUAAUGUAUGCUAUGACUAGUAAUAAUGUUUUGUACAUCACUAAUUAUAUAUUUGAUUGUUUUUCAGUUAAACUAUCCCCACCCAGUGUCGACCUCCAUGUAGAUGGCAGCUCAUUCAUUGUUCAUCUUACUCUACCUAAAAUCGAAUACAUGAACCUCACCCAGCGAUUCGAGGAUAUUUUCCCGUUUUCUCGUGUCUACACUAUACAUGUUCGAAGAACCUCAGAUAACCAUACAGUGAGUACAUAUAACCGUGCUGUGGUAGUAAUGCCAUGUUGUUAUCAUUGUAUACUGGAUUAGAAUUGGGUCCUUACAGUAGAUACAAGUAUCAGAUGUGAUUUGUUAUAAAAAAUAAUAUUGAUUUCUCAUUUUACACCUUCACCCACCCUAGACCUAAAAACUGCCUGUCAUGUAAUUUCUGUAUGGUGUGAGUUAUCAUAAUACAUUUUUUUGGUGUUUUCAGUUUGAACAGGAGGAGGACGAACUACAAUUCCUCAUCCCUGACCUGGCUGGAGGACAUGAGUACUGUGUGUCUGUACAAACUUCAGUCACAUCCCGCGGUAACAUUGGAAAGCUUUCCAAAGAACACUGUGCUUGGCUUCCAGUGAAUGGUAAAAAUAUUGGGUUACAAAAAACCUACUUAGUAAUACAUUAGCAUAAUUAUCCCUAAAUUAAUUAACUUCAUUUGAAAAAAAAAUCACAAUUUGUACUUCAAAUUUAUAAAAAAGAAAAAAAAUGGAAACCACUCACCUUCAGCCUUAGCAGACGGUGCAACAACCCUGUUCCCACCAAACUGGUAACUAAUAUACAAGAAAAACAUAUAGGUUUACGCUCCCCUCUAGUUGUGUGCAAAUAUACUUGAAACUGUGAAAGGGCACCAAUAAAGGAGUUUUUCCCAUAACCUGCUUUUUUCUUAGUAUAGCAGUUGUGAUUUUCAGCAACUAAAUAUAGAAGCUUGUGUCUCAUUUUAUGGGAUUCUUAAGAAUUAGUCACAAUCCCAGAGACAUCUAAGUAAAUUUUUCAUGUACAGAUAGAAGACAACCUUUGUUUGAUUCCUAUGGGAAAAUAACCUAUAGAUAAUAAAUAAAUAAAUAAACGUUUGUUUAAAUUACCAGUACCAUAAGUGUUCAUGGGGGUGGUGAGGAUUUAGUGGCUAAAGCCCUAAAUAUGGGACUCUUCAGCCUGGAUCUCUACACUUCUAGGUUAGAGUAGAGGUCUUUGAGUUUUUCUUCGGGCUCAAGCUCCAGCUGUUUUUAGAACCUAGUGGCACCCGUGACCAAUACAUUUCUCAGAAGAAAUAAAAUGCAAUACUUUGUGAUCAUAUCCACAUAGAUAGACUGAUAUGUUUGUAUGGAUAUUAUUUUCUGAGAUGGACUGUCUUUUUCUCGGCAGAAGUCGACAGCAGCGUGCUUGUCAUUGUGGCUUCCAGUAUCUUGGCGAUUGUGGCAUUCCUAAUCUUCUUCAACAUCUUCAUCUGUUUCUACCUUCGGAAAAGAGUGAAGACUCCACCAGCUCUGGUGAGCUACAUAGAUAUAAUGCUAAUCCUAUUGUGAAACCACAUAUCUUAUAGAUAUUAGUGGCGAUUUAUAUUUUUUAGAGCAAAGAAGUACUCUAAAAUACUACAAGUGGGGCAAUCUGCCUGGAAUAAUAAUGAUGAAAAAGGUUCCACUAGAGAACCAGAUGAAGUUGCCGGAGAAACUCCACGAUAAUGUGAUUAUAUUACAAAAUAGACAUAUAGGCCCAAAAAAGGGUAUAAUAGUCCAAAAAUUUAGAUCUCUCCAACAGAUAAAAUAAUAGUAGAACAACUUUAUUGAAAUAUCUAAAAAAUAGGAGACAACAUAGUACACAUUAAAAAGCCAUAUGGUGGUGCAUGAUAGGAUCAGGUAAAGUAUGUCUUAGAAGAUACACUUUAUGAGUUAAGAAUAGCUUAAACUACCCAAUUUCUCAGAAGAAGCAAUUCACCAUACAACUAAUAUUUUAUCUAUUGGAGAGAUCACCAUUUUUGGACUCAUGCCCUUUUUGGGCUUAUUUGUCUAUUUUGCAAUACUAUCUCCUUGGAAACCAGUGGAAUCGGCAGGCACAUACCAUUGGAUACCAUCCAAAUGUUUCAACACUUACAAAAACUUUCCAAAUUGAUUUAUCUACAGAUACCACCAUUAAAGUCUAAGGGAUUUUUUGUAGAUAAAUCAUUUGGAAAUUUUUCUAACAGUAUCUAACAGUAUUGAAUCAUUUGUGAUGAAGCUUAUUAAAAUGAAGCCUUAUUUAUAAAUGUCAGAGUUCUAUGUAAUUAGUAAUACUUAUUUUUAUCAUUUCCCUAGAAGUCUCUCAUUAAGAGAAGUUGGUCUUGGAUAGAUAGACCUGCUACUCCCACAGCGGAGGGCAAGAUUUCUUUACACUGGGAGAGUGAACUGACUGAUCAUCUCAUGUUGGAACCAAGAAAUUCCUUGUUGCGUAGCAGUGCUGACAGUGGAUUUGGAAGCCAGAUUUUAACAGGAAGAUGCAUAAUGCCUCUCAAUGGGUUCUCAAAAUAUGACAGAGAAGACACUGACCCAGAUACAAAUAGAAGUCAAACAACACAAAUUAUGGAUAUUCCUGUGAAUAGACAGAACUCAGAAAUCCACGGAGAUGACAGUGGGAUAAGCUUAUCCACGGAUUCCCCAGUUCUUAAACGCAGCUGUAGCAUAAGGGGGUCCAUAUAUGAAAAAGACUUUGAAAGUUCUGAAGACAGCAGCAAAGAGAUUCUGGAAAAUGAAGUAUCGGGAUAUCUGAAGCAGCCAGUUUCCAAGGAUGCUCCGAUAGAUGUAGAAGACAAAGAUAUUCAGAAAACUUGGCAACUAAGCACUAGUGAUUACCAUAAGCAAGGCUCGGAAAACUUAUACAAUUGUCAUUCGGAUUUUCAAGGACACUGUGAUGAUCUACAAGGACCUUGGACUCAGAUACCAGAAGGAUUUACUUCUACAGUCCCACUUACCCCAGCUUUCAGUCCUUUCAGCAGGGUUUUGUUGGACCUGGGGGUCAAUCCUCUUUCUCUGGGAGAUGUAGAGCUUGUGGAUAUUUCAUGAUUAACCAAAAGAUAGGACUUUAAAAUAAUGUUUCCUGAUAACAUUGAUGUAGCCAUGACAGGAUGAAAGACUCUUACCCUCAAUGUCCAAGCUGUAACAAUGCUCAGUUUUAACAGUCUUCCAAAGAUCCAAACAUUAAUCAGAAAAAUGUUUUCCUAAUAUGUGAUCUUCCUGUUCUGUAAAUAUACUGUAUCCAUUUUGCACAUUUUUGUACACUAAUUGGUAUAUUUAUUUGUACAUAUAAUUUUUUUUUAUCCUUGUAUAGUAGUUUUUUUAUUUUUGUUAUUUUUCCGUGCUGUAAUUUUCAUUCCUUAUUUAUUAAAAUUGUGUAAAAAAAUAUCGAGCAUUAUAUCGUCCAAUCAAGUAUAAGAUGAGAAAAAUAAAACAAUGUUUGAAUAAGGUGACAAAAGAGAAAAUAAAUCAGUGAAUCAAAGUUAUCACAUUAUAUGAGUGUUUAAAACUGAAAAAAAGAAGAUUGGGGAUACAAAAUGAGAGGAAUUAAGCUUGAAUUAUAAGUUUUGAUUAAGUGGGCCUUGAUUUUGGCUGAGUUCACUAUUUCCUGCCUUUUAUGUCAUAUUCAAUUAAAGACUUGCCAGAGUUGUGGAAAAAUAUUCCUACUCAGCUAUUCUUUCAGCUCACCGGCUAAAUCCUGAAAUUCCUGUAUCAAUUCAUGACUUUUUCUUUAGUUUAUUGAAUAUUUGAUGUCACGUCUUGGAACCCUCAACCUCUACUCCAGGAAGCAGCUGAUAAGAGAUCUGUACUUUAUAUGUUUAUAAUGUUCACUAAGGAGUAUAUGCCCAAACCCUGCAUCAUAACUGAGCGACAUGGAAUAGGUGGAGAGGGGACAAGUCAACUGUCAGUUGUGGUGACCUCAAAAAUUCAUCCCAAUACCCUCCAGCUGGUAUAAUCUUGUAAUGAAUCCUGAAAUAAAUCAUACACAAUCAGUCAUUGCAAUGGAAUCACUGCCAACACUAGUUUCCUAGAGAGAGCAAAGUCCAUCUCCACGGAGUCGUUGACUUAUUGACUAAGUAACCACGGCCUCAAUUUAGUAAGCUGUUCAAAUAAUUCAAUACUGUUAGAAAAGUUUCCAAGUGGUUUAUCUACAGAAGUCAUCAUUAAAGUCUUUGGCAUUUUUUGUAGAUAAAUUAUUUGGAAAUGUUUCUAACAGUCUUGAAUCAAUUAGAAAGCUAAUUAAAUCCAGGUCGAAGUCUAAUCUGGAGAAUCAGAGUUCCACAAAAGUUAUACAAAUAUGAGAUGUGUGUUUUUAUUUGAGGAUCAGUGAAUGAGGAUUCAGUCCACUGAAUUAUUUGAGGGUUUAUAACAUUUUGUAUAAUCCAUGUUUUAACUGUAUAUAUUUAUGUUGAGUCAGUGUAAAAAAAAUUGAAGCAUAUAAUGUUGUUAGCAAAAUGAAGAUGUAUUGAAUCAAAACAUGAGAAAUUGGGGGCAAACUGAUUGUAGCGGAUGGCACUGGGCUGUCCUGCAAAUGUCUUUGAAAUUACUGCAUUCGUGUGAUCUGCUAGUUUUCUAUGUGUUUUAAAAGAAUUGUAUUCCUCUGAUUGUUCGGUAGUUUCAUUCCCUUAGUUUAUUCGAAUGAAAAUACCGAACAACCAGACCUCCCCUGUGUGAAGUGUGUCCUCAAUUACCCGUUGCAACAUUGUUGCGAACGGGUAAUUGACUAGGAAGUAGCCGUCCUUUGUUCUCGGGGGUGGCCGCCAUUCGACAAACGAACACGUGGCGGCGGCCAUUUUAAAACUCCCGAACAGCUGUGUUUUGCCGUCGAGUGUCUGGAACUAAAAUCGGACACUCGAGUAGGCGAACACCGCUGAGACCUCCACAAGCCCGGUCCGUUC